AUGGCGCUAAAGGGACCAACAAUCACCGUGGCCCGACUCGCUGCAUCUUUCGCUUUCGCCCCAUUCCUCCUUAUCCAUCAAGUCACCGCCGUCCCCUGGAUCGGAACAGAAUACAUCGCCGUGGAGGUGAAAACCAUCGCAUCGGGCUACACUUACGGCGACUUCACGGAGACAGCCUUCCUAGAAACCCAAACGGAGGCAAUCAAGCCCACAGCCAAGAACAUAGACCCCAUAGCAACACAGACAACCAUCUAUGGCAGUCUCACCCCAUCCGUCACAGAGAUUGAUCUGGUCAUUGCACCGACAGACGGCGUCGCCAUCACCAGCUACGACUACCAUGCGUUCUACGUCAAUAUCGUCUACACGGCGCCGGCGUCUUGCCCAGAUACCGUGAGCAAAUCUAUCACCACCGCAGUGGCCGUCAACGUCCCAUAUCAGGCGGAGACACUGCUCAAGGCAACUGCCACGAUCACAAGCACGUGGACAGAUUCCUAUAUCGCAGAGCGAUAUUCCAUCACCCAGGCAAUGCUUGCCCCUACCGAUAUUCCCAGCGACGUCUACCAUUCCCUCAGCUCCGCCAACGUCCCAUACAGCUACAUAGCAUGCGGAAACUCCGACAGCUACGGCGGCCCGUACGCCGGGGAAAGUGGAGAUUAUGGUGGUGGUGACUACGCCGGCUGUGAAGAAUUCACCUGGUAUAUCGACGGCUCGGCUUUUUCAGGCGGAUACUGCUGCGACGGUAAAUGUCACUAUACAUGGGGCAUCUCGCCGCUGGGACUGGGCCUAGCGAUCUUCUUCUCGUGGUGGGGACUCUUUCUUAUUGUCGGCUUUCUCGAAAGCUGGUACGUGUUCCGGAGAACGAUGCUGGGACAGAAGAGUCGUCGCGGCCUGCCGUAUGGUUGGGCUUUUCUGUGUCCUAUACUUUCUUGUGUCAGUUUUAUGUAUGUUAGAGGGUACCCGGCUAAGACGCCCGCGGAGCAGGAGGUUUUGGCCAAUAGGUGGCAGGGUAUGACCGGUGGUGAGAAGUUCAAGCUCUGGGCUAAGCAUGGUUUUCGUCGGAAUGAUCCUACGACUGAGGUGUUGGGGUACCCUGCUUCAGGUGGAACUGCACCUGGUAUGGCAGCGCCGCACGUAGUUGGUCCCUUGGGUGCUCAGCAGGGGUAUCCCAGGGAUGGGGGCGAGGAUGCUCAGCCCAAGAUUGUGACGGUCAGCGAGAGUGAAAGGACAUGA